CCCCCUCUCACGUGUCUUUGUUUUCAUGCAGUGUCACUGAGUCUCCUCCCUGCAUCCAGGCCUGGUACCCAAACCGACCAGCUGUAUACCCAGCACUGGUACCCCAACCAGCCAGCUGUAUACCCAGCACUGAUACCCCAACCGGCUGUAUAUCCAGCACUGAUACCCCAACCGGCUGUAUACCCAGCACUGGUACCCCAACCAGCCAGCUGUAUACCCAGCACUGAUACCCCAACCGGCUGUAUACCCAGCACUGAUACCCCAACCGGCUGUAUACCCAGCACUGAUACACACAGUCCAGACAUGGAAGACUCCCAGAUCUCUACAGAGUGUUCCUCUGGACCUCCGGAUUCAUUUACUCCACCUGAAUCACUAAGUGUCACUGUUGCUUUUAUUGGACCAAAGGGAUCUGGGAAAAGCACCCUUGUACGGGAGCUUAGCCAACAGGCAGAGCAGUUUAGUCCUGGGUUCCUGGAUUCAUAUUUCAAGGGAGAGGAGGGGUCUCACGGGGUCACCCACAAUCCCUACCCACCUUUACCUAAUGUGGCUCUCCUUGACUAUGCUGGGUACGAACCUAGUGACUCAAUCCCUCUUUACCUGGAUGGCAUUAAGUUAGCUACGGUAGACUGUGUGGUGGUGACCCUUGGGGAGUCUGUAACGGAUGCUGAUUUGCAGCUUCUCGAAGCCCUGAAGAAGCUUGGAAGGCCGUACUUUAUUGUCCAGACUCACACGGACCUUGCCUUGCACACACAAAAGAGACAGCUAGGGAAAAACUACUGGAGAGGCCAAGCACUUCAAGGGUUAAGAGACAGACUAGUGAGUCAGAUUGUAGAAACAGGGUUGCAGGGUAACAAUGUAUUCCUAGUGUCUUGUCUGGAACCUCAGAUGUUUGAUUUUUCAAUCAUGGUGGACUAUCUGGAAACAGAAAUUCUACAGUGGACACGGUCCGUGAAUUACACCCCUGAAUCCCAAUGCACGGAUCUGGUUGCACUGUUUGAAGUACCAUGUGAUAAAAUGGGACUGGCAGAGUUCUCUCAACAGCUCGUCAACUUCCUGGAUAACCCUCCUUCUGCGCCUGCUGUGGUAGGAGUGACUGGAGGUGAUACUGAUCGUAUUCUUCAUGCACUGUCUGAACCCCCAGUUUCCAGCUUUGUUCUGAGGUGCCUUCCGGGUCCUGGUAACCCACCACUGCCAUUGGAACAGUACAUAGACCACCUGCAAAAGGAAGACUGUGAUGUUUAUCUUAUUGUGGGCACGGGACUUGACCCAAGUUCCCGGGCCACACUUGUAGAAUCAUUGGUGACAGCGGGCAAACAUUGCAUGUUGAUUGGUGGAGAUGGCAAAUGGGUUAAAGAUCAGGAUGCAAACGUCCCAUUAGAACCUGGGAAAAGGGCAGGCCAUGAGGAUAGCGAUUUGCUAGGUCUGAGGCUUGCUUUAGAGAAAGGAGUACCCUUGUUGGUAAGAGAGAGGCUCUUGCAUUCCCUUCCGUCCAUUAUUUUGCAGCUGGUAAGGAGAGAGCGCAGAAAGCUAAUGAUGGGCAUAUAUGAUACCUGCCUGGAGGUUUGUAUGAAGGCAUCUGAUGGGAAUCUCCCAGAAGCCUUGACCUGUAUAGCCACAGUCCUCUCUAACUUCAAGGCCCGCUAUGGCCUCGAUGAUGAGGCUUUAGAACGUAUGGCUCAGAUAACAGGCUGUCCUGUAGAAGAUUUGCGAUCUGAAGUCCGGUGCCAACUAUUGCAUAACCCAAGUGAAGAGCAACUUCUCCAGAUGGUAUCUCUGCCUCUGUCUCUCUCCGCAUUAGUCUGGAGCUACAUCCCAUUACUAGGAGGAGACACCAUCCCCACAAAACUCUCACCAGAACGCAUGUACAGGCUUCUGGUCGAGAGCGUUUGGGGGAUGGCAGAAGACGCAGAAAGGGUGCUACUCCGAGGGUGUGCCAAGCGAAAAAUGAACCAAGAACACAAAUCUACUUGUCAUUGGCCCUGUGUGUGACCACUCUACAGUUGGUUCCAGUAUCUUCUCACAAUAUAGUCUGCAUGGCCACAGUUAGCACUCUGCAUAAUAUUAAAGUUUAAAAAUGCUAACACUAUAAUCGGAUUGUUAUCUGAUAAACAACUCUGCCUCUCUAACAUUUGGGAAAUUGUGUCAAUGUACACUGUUUCCUGUUGGCUGGAAUAAGGUACCCUGCAGCCAAUAGGAAUCUGGUGGUUAUCCGAUGCAAUGAAAAUUAGCAAGGGAUUCUGGAAUUCUUAUUGAUGCUCCUUUCGUUUAUAAGAGAUAAGCGUGUAUCUAGUAAUUGAAUAGUGAUUUGCCAUUGUGUGAAAUCCUAUUUAGCUUUCAGAGUUAAGUUGAUCCCAUAUAGUAGAAUCCAGUGUUAUUUUGUGAGAGAGGCCAAUUUAUGCUCAAUUAUAAAGUAACAAGAAGGAAUUGUUUUCUUUAUUUUUUUUUUAAAUCCAUAUCUCUUGCAAUUUUCGGGAUAUAAAUAAAUGCAGAGUAAAGCAUUUUCUUAUAGGAAACAGCGGAAGUCAAAUGUUGCAUCUUAUGUUUUAGCGUUUAGCUGGCCGCAACAAAACAAGCGUCUGUGAGAAGCUGGUAGUAGUUAUAGUUCGAUUUGCACUCAGAGACCGUCUUUUAGCCCUCAUUUAAUGGGACAGAUGUGCUUUGCAUGUAUACACUGCGCUACUAAUCUCAGAUAUUCUAUGAAUUAAUCUGUAUUUGCAGAGAAAAUCUAAAUUUAAAUUUUUACUUAAGCGGUCAGUAAGAGAGGCCCAGCAAUCUCAGACUAUCACUGCUGUACAGUUUGGACCAAACUGACAAUGGUAAUGCAGAAGUGUUGAAGCAACACUUUAAACACCAAAACUACUUCAUACUAAUGAAGUGGUUUUGGUGCAUAGGCUCUGUCCCUUUUUUUGUUACAAUAUAAAAGAAAUGGCAAUGUUUACAUUUGGGUAAAACCAGACUGCCAGCCACAGGAGGUGCCUACUCGCAAAGACCUUCAAAGAGCAAAAGUUGUCAUUUUUAGCAUCAACACCAGCAUGGUACCACCACAUGCUGUUAAUGAAUUCCAUGCUGCCUAUGAGAAGCAUCCAAAUUAGAAGAACGCAGUGAUUGCUACACGUACGCCAUUGAUCCCCAAUGUUUCUUUAUGAGGUGCAUUGGACUAGACCAGUGGUUCCCAACCCAGUCCUCAAGUACCCCCCUAACAGUCCAGGAUUUAUGGAUGACCCAGUUGUGUCUAAGGUGUUUUUAGAAAGAA